CGAAUCAUUCGAAGUGGGGUGCAUUGGGGGUGAUUUGAUGCUUGCAGAGAAAGAACUCGUGAGAGAAAGUUGACGCCCUCGACCUCCACUCAAGUCCAAGCUACUCCACAAGAUGAAGGCUACACUGCUGCUGCUCUUUGUCGCGCUCAUCACAAUCAAAGCUGUAGCCGGAGGGAAAAACAACAAAGAGAAAAUUAAACCUUCCCCGUCCGGGUCGGAUUGCACCGACUGGCGCUAUGGAAACUGUGUCCCUAGCAACGGAGACUGUGGUGCCGGGUUUAGGGAGGGGACAUGUAAUCAGCAAACCAAGAAAAUGAAAUGCAAAGUUCCCUGCAACUGGAAAAAGAACUUUGGAGCUGACUGCAAGUACAGGUUUGGAAGUUGGGGCGAUUGUGACGCAAAUUCGGGCGUCCAGACCAGAAGCGGAACUUUGAAGAAGGCGCUGUAUGAUGCCGAGUGCCAGCAGACCAUUUCUGUCACCAAACCCUGCCUUGGCAAAACCAAGACAAAAAGCAAAGGAAAGAAGAAAAAAGGAAACGGACAGUAAAUGCAAGAGAAGAAUUUCUGAAGACAGACAAGGCAGACAUCUUUAUAAAUAAAUGGUGUGAAUCAACUCAGCUCUGGCUUUCAGACAAUGAUACUGACAUUCAUAGAACUAAAUUAGUUUUGUUUGUAGACUUUCUCAAGGGAUGAAUUGAUUUUUUUUGAAGUAGAAUGUAGAAAAUACGCCAUAACCAAUCUCCCCUGACUCUGACGUUGUCAAUUUAAUUGAAGACACUUCUGCUAUGACUAAUAUCUAGUCAUUAGUAAUUAGUACUUGUGAGUGUGUGCACUGCGAUAGCAGAUUUUUAAAAUAAUGAUGUUAUUUUUUUAAUCAUUGAUGGUGAUGAUAAUAAAGAUCAAGAUAAUAUUCAGACA